GACCCUUCUCAACGCAACGCCUCACCGAACCGGCCCGACGACCCAAGGGCCCAGCACCAGCCGCCUCCCUCGUCCCCCAUUCUCGCCUCCGCCGCCACCCCGCCGCCGCCGCCGCCCGGCCGCCGCCUUCGGGGCGUGAGAAGGGAGGAGUGCUCGCCAGCGGGGCAGGGAGAGCGAGGAAGAGAGAAGAUGGUGAACUCUUCGUCGUCGGUGGUGAACGUGUACCCGCUCGCCAACUACACGUUCGGCACCAAGGAGCCCAAGAUGGAGAAGGACACCUCCGUCGCCGACCGCCUCGCCCGCAUGAAGGUGAACUACAUGAAAGAAGGAAUGCGGACAAGUGUUGAAGCAAUCCUAUUGGUGCAAGAGCACAACCACCCCCACAUACUGCUGCUGCAAAUUGGUAAUACAUUUUGCAAACUCCCUGGUGGACGGUUGAAGCCUGGAGAAAAUGAAAUUGAGGGCCUGAAAAGAAAGUUAUGCAGCAAGCUUGCAGUGAACUCGCCUUCCUUCCCACCUAACUGGCAGGUUGGAGAGUGUGUUGCUGUGUGGUGGAGGCCAAACUUUGAGACUGUGAUGUAUCCUUACUGCCCUCCACAUAUAACCAAGCCCAAGGAGUGCAAGAAGCUUUUCAUUGUUCACCUAUCUGAAAGAGAGUAUUUUGCUGUUCCGAGGAACCUGAAGCUGCUUGCUGUUCCACUGUUUGAACUCUAUGACAAUGUUCAGCGAUAUGGGCCCGUCAUUUCCACCAUUCCUCAGCAGCUGUCUAGGUUCCAGUUCAACAUGGUUAGCUCGUGAAGGUGAUGAUGAGAGAUGAAGAUUAGUGUGCACUAGGGUCCUUUCUAAACAUGAAUUUGAUGGAUCUUCAACGGGCUGAACUACCUAAUCGACUGGGCAUGACUAAUUUGUUCUAUCACAGAAUUUCCAUGAAUUAGACUAUUAGCUGGACAUGCAUUUGACUGUAUCUUCUCGGAUUAUUUUGUAUCACAUCACAAAGCUGGUGCAUGGUGUAUUUUUAGAUCAUUUGUUGUUGGCUCUGCACGCUGAUUUGUUGGUUUACAUGGCUGUCUAUGCUUACUGCCAUGGAUGUUGUAUGCUGUAGCUGUAAUUCUCCAGGCUGCCUAGCGUUUUUUUGGUCAGGAAUUCCCCCUCUUAACUGUAAAAAUGCUUUGGAUUUAAGAGAGCAUAGAGAGCAUCACAUGCAAAUUAGUAAUUAUUCUGCGUCUGUAUGCAUGCUUGUCACUAAAACAUUGCGGCUGAAUGUCUCCAAGCAGCACCA